CAUUUAAUUUAUUUCAUAUAUGUGCAAGCAAUUGAGCAAAGCAGUUAGUUACAUGAAUUUCUGCUUUUUGUCUCGAAAAAAGAGAUGGACAAAAAUUCAGCAGCUGAAACUGACGUUAGCAUUUGCCUGUUUUUCCCUACUAGGGAUUUUCAGUUUUCUUCAUUACAUACAUCUUGCCCUGCUGCUGCCAGUACUCGAUUCUUCUUCGAUCUCAUCAUUCCCAUUAUAUAUAUACACGAUAUAUAUAUAUCAUAUCAUCUCCUGAUUUCCAUAGGCCACCUGCAAUUUGAUCCUUCAACCUGCAGAAAAAUCAAUAAGAAAAAAUGGACGGUCUGGAUUGGAGUAGGUACUACCAUCACCAACAAAUUGAAGAAACAAACUUGAUCUCAAACAACAUUUUUUACAGAGAGAAUUUGAAUAUUCCGAUUCAAAAAAGUACCGAUUCAUUCCCCAAUCUCUUUUCACCGCAAUGGAAUAAUAUUAAUAAUAAUAAUUCAAGAUUAUCAACCGGUGGUACCACCACCACCAAUUGGGCCGGGGGACCAGCCGCCAUUAAUGCAGGAGUAGGAGGAGGAGCUUUGAAUAAUUCUUACAACAUUAAUCCAACAAAUAAUAACAUUGGCCUAAUUCUCGAUCCAGCUGGAAAUUUGCCGAUAAUUCAAAGAAAUAACGGUCGUGUUUUCGAGCCCGUGAUUUCGACAAACACGGGCUCCAUCGAAUCGCUCGAUUGCUUGCUGUCAGUAUCCAACAGCCAAACUGAAGCCACGUCCGUUGAAGACGACGGCGUUUCGUUGCUUUUCUCCGACAGUAACAGAAGCUUCUGGAACUUCACCCCCACCGUCAAAUCUGUUCCGCCGUCAUCGGAAAUAUCGCCUCCGAAGAUUAACGAGCCUAAUAAUCCUCCAUUAAACAAGAAAAGAAGAGCGGAAGAAAGUCAACGACGGUCAACCUUUUCGGAUCAGGCUUCUUUAAACCGGCGGAAUAAAGCGCCGCCGGCCAAGAAGGGGAGGGUGGCGCUACUACACGAUGAUAAUAUUUAUAGUAUUAAUUACAAGCGCGCCACGUCAUCGUCGUCGAACAUCAAUUUCCAGCAGGCGAGUUCGUCGGCGUCGGCUUCGUCGUCGGCGGAGGAGCCGGAUCCGGAGGCGAUAGCGCAGAUGAAGGAGAUAAUCUACAGGGCGGCGGCUUUCCGGCCGGUGGACUUCGGGGCGGAGGCGGCGGCGGAGAAGCCGAGGAGGAAGAACGUGAGGAUAUCGAACGACCCGCAGACGGUGGCGGCGCGGCAGCGGAGAGAGAGGAUCAGCGAGAGGAUUAGGGUUCUGCAGGGCCUUGUCCCCGGCGGCAGCAAGAUGGACACGGCGUCGAUGCUCGACGAGGCGGCGAGUUACCUGAAAUUCCUCCGCUCUCAGGUGAAGGCGCUCGAAGAAUUAGGGCAGAAGAUCAACGAUCAGACCGCCGUCAGCAACUACUACGCGAAUCUCGCGUUCUCGCCAUUCCUGAAUAGCUACUCGUUCACCAUGCAGAACCACCACCACCAACCGCCGCCGCCGCCGCCACAGUUCACCAUCCACAGUCAGAAUCCGGUCAACGGAUCCAAGACUUGAGAAAAUUAAAUAUUAAUUAUUAGUUUUUUUUUUUUAAUUUAAUCCUGAUUUUGUGAUGGAAUUGUACCUUUUUUGACAUAAAAUGAUUUCUAAUUUAAUUAACUCUGACUUUUUUUAUUUUUCUUUUUAAAUUUGUAAUGAUAGUCAUCAUCAUUAGAUCAUCGUGUUGUUUUGUAGCUUUUGGAAAAAAAAUGCAAUUUUAAUUUAUCUU